AUGAAGGAUUAUUAGAGCUCGUUAAUAGCGUUAUCUAUCCAACGAACGAGGUGAUGCGAGAAGAGAUCAACGCGGUCGAUAGACUUGCUGAUUUGAUAGCUGGAUAGAUUUAUUGGUGAAAACGGCUCGUAUAACGAUGACAGCAGGUGUGUGUGUGUGUGUGUGUGUACAUCAAUCACUGGCGGCAGGUGUGUGUAGAUUAUGUGGUUAAUGCGAGCGUUCUUGGUCCAUCUGGUGAUGAAGUCAGGGGUUCUAUAAUUAGGUGUGUGUGCUUAGGCUCGAAUGCAAGUCACACAGCCGCCUUGGUUCGAGUUAGGUGAUGUGACUGGUUUGAUGGAAGCGAGGUUGAAUGGGUUGCGGGAAGUGCGUGCAGGAGUGUGUGAGAGGUGCGUGCGCGAGAGCCGGGUGCGCGAGAGGAGGGGUGCGAUGGGUCAGUGUGGUGGUGAGUGCGACGCGAGAAGGAUGUUGCGAGUCGCGGACGGGCGAUGAGGACGGCGUGGGUAGUGUGCGACAGUGAUGUUGCCGAGUGGCGUCCUCGUGGAAAGCGUCGUGUCGCAGCCUACACCACCCGACACAGGCGUCAAGAAAAGCGUCGUGCCGCAGCCUGCACCCCCAGACAAGACAGGCGUCCGUGUCGUGCCGCCGCCGCCGCAGCCUACACCCCCAGAAAGCGUCGUGCCGCAGCCUGCACCCCCAGACAAGACAGGCGUCCGUGUCGUGCCGCAGCCGCAGCCUACACCCCCAGACAACAACACUAUGUCUAACCCCGACCCAAAGCGAGCCAACAGUAACAGUAUCGCUCGUAGGUCCCAAGACACUCCCCGGACAGUGCUGUCUCAGGAGACCGGGCCUCCUGCCCUGCCAAAUCUGACUUCAGCUUCCUCUCAGCCACGUAGUCGCUCCCCCACGUCGUCGCCACGUCCCCAGAGGAGCACACCUGCCUCCCACGUCUCCCCCAGGGCCUCCCCUCUACCGGAAAGGGCCACACCUGCUAUACACGUGUCCUCCAGGGCCUCCCCACUACCGGAAAGGGCCACACCUGCUACACACGUGUCCUCCAGGGCCUCCCCACUACCGGAAAGGGCCACACCUGCUACACACGUGUCCCCUAGGGCCUCCCCAUUACCGGAAAGGGCUACACCUGCUACACACGUGUCCUCCAGGGCCUCCCCACUACCGGAAAGGGCCACACCUGCUACACACGUGUCCACUAGGGCCUCCCCACUACCGGAAAGGGCUACACCUGCUACACAAGUGUCCCCCAGGGCCUCCCCAUUACCGGAAAGGGCCACACCUGCUACACACGUGUCCUCCAGGGCCUCCCCACUACCGGAAAGGGCCACACCUGCUACACACGUGUCCCCCAGGGCCUCCCCACUACCGGAAAGGGCCACACCUGCUACACACGUGUCCCCCAGGGCCUCCCCACUACCGGAAAGGGCCACACCUGCUACACACGUGUCCCCCAGGGCCUCCCCACUACCGGAAAGGGCCACACCUGCUACACACGUGUCCCCCAGGGCCUCCCCACUACCGGAAAGGGCCACACCUGCUACACACGUGUCCCCCAGGGCCUCCCCACUACCGGAAAGGGCCACACCUGCUACACACGUGUCCCCCAGGGCCUCCCCACUACCGGAAAGGGCCACACCUGCUACACACGUGUCCCCCAGGGCCUCCCCACUACCGGAAAGGGCCACACCUGCUAAACACGUGUCCCCCAGGGCCUCCCCACUACCGGAAAGGGCCACACCUGCAACACACGUGUCCCCUAGGGCCUCCCCACUACCGGAAAGGGCCACACCUGCUACACACGUGUCCCCCAGGGCCUCCCCACUACCGGAAAGGGCCACACCUGCUACACACGUGUCCCCCAGGGCCUCCCCACUACCGGAAAGGGCCACACCUGCUACACACGUGUCCCCCAGGGCCUCCCCACUACCCCACAUAAAUUUGACAAUCAGCUGCGUGUCCCCCAGGUCGCCGCAACUCCCCGACAGGGGCACACCAGGGGCGUCCCUGCCUCCCCAGCUGCCCCCGCCGCCCUCUAGCCCCGGGGGAGGACACAGGUCCCCGAUCAUCGGGUCCCCGACGCGGGGUUCGAGCCCCUACAGCCCUCUGCUGGGGCGAGAGCGCAACUCCCCAGCCAAGGUCGGCGGUAAAGCGUGUCAGACAAAGACGGGCCAGGCGCCAGUCUCGCUCCCCCAGCCCGGCACCGGCGGCGCCAUGACCAAGUUCCUGGGCACUGGCGGGAAGAGUGGCCCCGGGCACUCCCGGAGCCCGAGGGCACCGCCCCCUCACCGCCUCAUCCGACAGCACUCCCUCGCCGCCGUCUUGGGGCUCUUUCGCGGUCGGGACGAACGACUCGGCGGCUUCCCCGACUUGCCCGACGACUGGCACACAGUUCGGGAAGAGCCGGAGGAGCUGGAGAGGUCGUCGGGGAGCAACAACUCGAGAUCGCACUCUAUUCCUUCCACUUCGGUGCCGCACCUGCCGCACCAGGAUGCGCGCCGCAAGCGGCGGAGCUCCUGUCACACCGACAUAUCCGGGUUGUCGGAGAUGAUCCCGGUCAUCCCGCCGCACGCUAUAAAGAGGAAGCCGCUGACGAGCGAGGCGGCGGCGGCGUCCGUCACGACGCGUCGGUGCUCGCUGACGCAGCCGUACGCGACGCUGUACGGGUCGUGGCAGAGCAACGCGUCGGCCCCGGGCAGCCGACACGGCAGUAACGAGCUGCCGCCGUCGGCUGGCGUCCUGCCCCGACGGGGACCAGCAGCAGCUCCGUCGGUGCAGGUGGAGAUGACCCACAUGGGGGCCGCCGCCGCCUCGGCCCUCCCUAACAGCCACGGGGCGACCCAAUCCACCUCGACGACCGCCGCCACGACCUCCUCCGUCGUCACGACCUCCACCAUGACAACCUCAUCCUCCACCGCCCCUCUCCUCCCCCCUCACGACCUCCUGAACGACCACUACCUCCUGACGGUGAGCGAGUCGUUCACUCAGCUCCUCGCUUGCACCUUGCAGAAAGUGCCCAUGAAGGACUUCGGCUCCGAGGUCCGGGCGACGAUGGACAUCGCGCACUUCCUGUCGCAGGCGACGCUGGUGCUGGACGUCGGGGAGACGUCCCUCGAGGGCAUCUGCGACAUGCUGCUGACCAAGCUGCUGGAGCAGGACGAGCCGCUCUGCUCCGUGGCCGAGGCCAAGUCCAUCCUCUUCACCCACGACACAUGUGAG